AUGGUACAAAAAACUUCCAAUGAUUCCAUUUUGCGAUAUUCUCACUGUGGAAUUUGCACAUUAUUACACUACAAAUUUCCGCAUCCUUACUUUUUUGAUUCAGCUACACAUCUGCUUCUUCCUUUAAUAUUUUACGCACUCAUGUGUCCUUGUUUAAAGUUAGGUCCAACCUUCGCUGCUAAAGAAGGCUUCGACGACGAAAUGCCUCCUCAUGUCAUCGCCGACUUCACAAAGUUUCGGCUCUCUAGGGACCCGCCGCCUGAGGACAAACUCGACAGCCUAAGGAGGGAAUCUCAAGUCCACUUACAAAUCAAUUCACAAUCCUCGGAAGAGCGUUAA